UUGCGCUACGGAGAGAUUUUUUAUUGUUUGAUAUAUACCGGACAUAUAUAUAUUUUAAAAGGAGAUCUUGUUGAAAAUUAAAAAAAAAUCUAAUAAGUGAUACUUAAUAUCGUCGUUAAGUUCGAUUGUAUGGAAUAUUUGUAAGACAGUUAAUAUGGCAGUGAGCGGGAAAAUGGAAAAAGGCGCCAAAAAUGAACCUUCCAUAGCAACACUGGACGAGGCUAUGUUACUUACUGGGUUUGGUAUUUACAACAUCGCUCAUAUGCUUCUGAGUGGAUUGAUUCUUUUGGGCGUGAUCAUGCAAAGCUUAGCCAUGAGCUACGUGAUGCCGGCUGCACAGUGUGACUUGAAUCUCAGUCUACAGCAGAGAGGAUGGAUUUCUGCUAUUCCUUUCUUAGCUAUUAUCCUCACGUCGUACUUCUGGGGCUGGCUGGCCGACACCCGCGGGCGUCGGCUAGUAAUGCUCAUCUCUAUGAUCAUCUCCACUGUCUUCAGUGGUCUCGCCAGCUUCGCGCCUGAGGUUAUCUCCUUCGCUGUGCUAUCGUUCAUAUCAUCUAUAUUUAUGUCGGGCUCUUCGGCUGUGGUGUACACGUACCUAGGCGAAUUCACAAAUAUACGUCACAGGGACAAGAUCGUCACGUUUGGUUCGGCGUUUGUCGGCAUCGGGACUGUUAUAAUACCAGCCAUAGCCUGGGUAAUACUUCCCUUGGAGUUUUCCUAUCCGCUGCCACUUCUGAAUAUUGCGUACCGGCCGUGGAGGCUGCUGGUCGUGGCCUGCGUGCUGCCUUUCGUCAUCGGCACCUUGUUGCUGAUAUUCAUAGCGCCUGAGAGCCCUAAGUUUCUCAGCUCUUCGGGAAAAUCUGAGGAGUGUUUGGUCGUCCUGAGGAAAAUGUACUCAAUCAAUAGGAGAAUGCCUGAAGAUACCUACCCCGUAAAAACUUUAAUAUCCGAGGGUAGCAACACGAAACAGGAAGAGAAGUCAGGUAUAUCUGCAAUUCUAUCUUCCAUGAAGGAGCAGACCGUGCCGUUGUUCAAGCCGCCGUUCCUGCCGUGGACUUGCCUCACUUGCUUUGUACAAUUUGGAAUAUUUGCAACCACCAACGGGUUCUACGUGUGGUUCCCGACGAUCCUGAACUCGCUGGUGAACCACGAGGGCGCGCAGACGCGCAUCUGCGACGUGCUGGACGCCGCGCGCGCGCCGCGCAACGACACGCCCGUGGAAUGCGACGAUACUAUAAAUACGGCUACCUUCGAGAUGUCGGUGUACGUGGGGCUGGUGUUCUGCUCUAUGUACAUCAUCGUCGGCUUUCUGGUGGACUUUUUGGGGAAAAAAGCCAUCCUAGUGGUACUCUUGGCUGGCACCGGCAUGUGCGGAGUGGGAGCUCCCAACGUCUACCACCAGCAGAUCGCUGUCGUACUGUUCGCAAUCUUCCAGAUGUGCGGAGCUUGUAUUGGACUCAUGAACGCUGUUACCGUGGAACUAUUUCCUACUAAAUUCAGAGCGAUGGCGGUGUGUCUGUCCAUGAUGAUGGGUCGCGUCGGCUCCAUGGUGGGCACCAACCUCAUCGGACUGUUCCUGGAGACCAAUUGUGGCGUCAGCUUCUACCUCUUCGCAGGAGUUAUCAUGGUGUGCGCGUUGUUCUGCUUGACCCUGCCGGGUAAAAACAAAGGACCAAUUCAGACCAAACCUAAGUUAGAAGCAACUCAAAACGAAACUCAAGCGCCCGCAUGAAGCCGAAAAUGAAGUUCCUAUUUUGAAGUCGAAUCAAUGUUUUGAAAUUUUGAACAUCCUGUACAGAGGCUGUGUUUCAAUAAUAAUUUACUUUAUUUUAAGAAACUUGUGUACGUAUUAUAGAAGACAUUUUAUGCGUUACUAAUAAAAAUGUAAAUUUAGUUCAGUAAAGACAAAGUUACAGUCGAAGAAUACAAAAAACAUAAACUGCCAUUUGCCUGAGCCAUAUGAUGGUGAGUGGUCACCGCUAACCUUAAUUAGUACUGUGAGAAACGCAACAAUACAAAUUAUAACUAACUGGUGGUAGAAUGAGUGACCGCCAAGUUUAUAUGUUUAAUAUUUAGUUGAAUUUUGCAAUAUUAACAAUUUAAAAAACUUUUAUGAGUACUUGUUUAUGGCUGUUGGUCUAAAACAAGACUAGUUAUUCUAAUAGCUAAUGUAAGCGGCUUUAUAUCCUGAGGUCUUGGUUUCCAAUUACAUAAAGACUUUUUGCCCCUUAUCCCUGUCCGGCCGUGUCGGAUUGCGGUCCUAUGGGUGUUGAAGAGUGUGGUAAUAGAGAUUGUCUAUGGUUGGAUUUGUACUAAGCAUUAUAAAAUAUGCAUUUAUUUAAAGACGAUUUUAAUCAAAUGUUCCGAUCAUCGAUGUUGAAUUUGAAAAAAAAAAUGCGGCUUCUUUUUUCAAAAUGGCUGCCAACACAUCGGUUAAAUAACGUCGUAUUUUUGAAUUUAGAACACCAAUGACUUCUACAAAAGAUUGAGGCAAUAUUUGUAAGCUGAUUUGAAAUAUGUAGUUUUAAAAAUUAUUUUGCAUUUAUAUUUUUUGUUAUUUAUCACCAAUCAGAUGCAAUAUUCACAUCUUUCAUUCGUAUAUUGAAUUUGUUUCUCGAACGGAAAACACUUUAACGAUUAGCACUAUUAUUUUCUAUUCAUAUUAUUUUUAA